GACAGAGCCGACCAGAAACUGAAACUCGCCCCCAAAGUGCAAACAUGGCGGCGCAGCGGAGGACUCUUAUGCACAGUCACCAGAGCUGGACAGAUGACCUGCCGUUGUGUCAGCUGUGUGGGGUGGGUACAGCCCCGAACUGCAUGUACGGCCCGGACGGCAAAAGCACCCAAAGCCACCCCAAUGAAGAUGGCCAUUUCCGAUUUAGUACCGAUUGCUGUUUCCUGUAUGGAGUGUUUAACGGUUAUGAUGGCAGCCGAGUGGCCAACUUUGUGUCCCAGUGUCUGACCGCAGAGCUUUUACUGGGUCAGCUCAACUCUAACCAUUCUGACUCUGAUGUCCGACGCAUUCUGAUUCAGGCUUUUGACGUGGUGGAGAAAAGUUACUUUGACACCAUAGAUGACGCACUGGCAGAAAAGGCCAACCUGCAAGCGCAGCUUCCUGAGGGGGUGCCGUUUCACCAGUUGCCUUCUCAGUUUCAGAAGAUUGCAGAGAAGCUGAAAGCCCUCGAGCAAGAGGUUUCUGGUGGAGCCACAGCAGUCGUUGCUUUAAUUCUUAAUAACAAGCUUUACAUCGCUAAUGUGGGCACCAAUCGUGCUCUGCUCUGUAAGUGCACCAGUGACCGGCAGAACCAGGUAAUUCAGAUCGGACGGGCUCACACAACUGACAACGAGGAGGAGCUUGCAAGACUGGCCCAACUUGGUCUGGACCCUGCUCGAUUGAGACAGGCAGGGCUAAUAGCAGGUCAGAGCAGUCUGAGGCGGAUUGGAGACUAUAAGGUCAAAUUCAACUACACAGAUAUUGAUGUGUUAAGUGCAGCCAAGAGUAAGCCAGUCAUUGCGGAGCCUGAGAUACACGGAGGCCAGUCGUUGGACGGUGUGACCGGUUUCCUAAUGCUCAUGUCCGAAGGCCUCAUUAAGGCUCUCGAGGCUGCCCACGGCCCUGAGCAGGCCAAUCAGGAGAUGGCUGCCAUGGUGGCGGCAGAGCUGGCCCUGCAGAGCAGUCUGGAGGCUGUGGCCCAGUCGGUGGUGGAGCGCGUUAAGCGACUUCAUCACGACGCCUACGCCAGCGGCAGGCAGAGAGCACCACACUGCUCUCGACACGAGGACAUGACCCUCCUCAUCCGCACCAUUAAUUACGCUCUAUCAGACGGCUUGCUCACGCCCACUCAGGGUGGACGUAUAUACCCAGUCUCCGUGCCCUACUCCAACAGCCAAAGCACCAGUAAGACCAGUGUAACCCUCUCCCUGGUCAUGCCCUGCCAGGGCACGCUCACCAAUGGGACCAACACCGCCUCCACACUGGAAGGAGGCACACCAACACCAGGGCAGAGUCCCACAGCCACGCUGCAGUCCACCAACACGCAGACGCAGAGCUCCAGCUCCAGCUCGGGAGAUGGCAGCCUUUUCCGCCAGCGGGGCUGCCAAGCAGCGCAGCCAGACGAGACGGGGCGCGUUCCACCAUACGUGGACUUCACUCACUUCUACCGGAUGUGGGGGACGGAGCACAGCGAGGGUCCAGGGCAGGGUGUGCUGGGACCCCAAUGAGGAGAGGGGUGGGUUGUGGUCACCAGCUCUACUCCUUCAUGUCUGCCUUCUUGUAGAUUUUAGUUCUGUUUCACUGAUAACUAGGACUAGGAUUAUAACUAAUUUAUAUAUCAUAUUGUGAUUUAUCUGAAUAAAUAAGGUUAUGAAUGUUAUAGAGCAAGAUUGGCUGGUCCUAUUCCUGGAGAUUCACGAUCCUGCAUUGGUCAUAUCCAACACACCAGGUUCUGAAAUUAAGAUGUCCCUGGAAGCCUUCGUUACCAGAAUGAGGUGUGUUGAUCUCCAGAAUUGAGCUAUAGAGCAUUGUAGAGUGAACUUGUCUUCAUUUUUUCCAUAAGAAAUUUGGUGUUAUUCUAAUUAUGGCUGUUUAUUGGCUAGAACUUGCCGAUACAAUACAGAUCACGAUACAGGUGUUUAUAAUUCAGUUUAUUGCAUCGUAUUUUGAUUCUGUAAGCAAUGCGAUAUAAUGCAAGUUUCAGUGUAGUUUCAGUCAAAUAAAAAAAUAUACAGUGGUGGGCAAUGAAACGGAAACACCUGUCAUUUUAGUGUGGGAGGUUUCAUGGCUAAAUUGGACCAGCCUAGUGGCCAAUCUUCAUUAAUUUCACAUUAAGCACCAGUAAGAGCAGAGUGUGACGGUUCAAUUAGCAGGGAAGAGCACAGUUUUGCUCAAAAUAUUGCAAUGCACACAACAUUAUGGGUGACAUACCAGAGUUCAAAAGAGGACAAAUUGUUGGUGCACGUCUUGCUGGCGCAUCUGUGACCAAAACAGCAAGUCUUUAUGAUAUAUCAAGAGCCACGGUAUCCAGGGUAAUGUCAGCAUAUCGCCAAGAAGGAUCACCCACAUCAAACAGGAUUAACUGUGGAUGCAAGAAGAAGCUGUCUGAAAGGGAUGUUCGGGUGCUAACCCAGUUUGUAUUCGAAAAACAUAAAACCACGGCUGCUCAAAUCACUGCAGAAUUCAAUGUGCACCUCAACUCUCCUGUUUCCACCAGAACUGUCCGUCAGGACAAUAAAUUAUUGUGGUCAAAAACCAGGUGUUUCAGUUUCGUUGUCCAACCCCUGUAUGUUUAUGAAAUCUGAAUGAAAAAAAAAAUACUUUUAAUGCAAUCAGAAUACUGCUAUCUAGUGGAUGGGGUUUAAACACGGCACAAAAUCAGCCACAGUCGUCUCCAAUCUUUCAAAAAUAACACAAUAACACAAUUUAAUUAUUUUCUUACAGCCCAAAUACAGCCUAAAUACAGAACAAUACAUCUACUCUAGCUCGUUCUCCAUUGUAGCCCUGAUUCUGAUUCAGAUUGAAUGGACCAAGUGUAGCAGUUUAGCCUUUAGGCUAUAAACCGAACUCUGCAGGAAGGUGGAUCUCUAGGAGGCUGCUUGGUGACCACAGGCAUGAGACGUUUUAUGAAAGUGGAAUCUAGCAGAUUGCAACAGCUCCAUUGCAUGCUGUUCUGCAAACAUCUAUAAAGACUUUUUCAAAUGUUAGAAUUUGGAAGUGUGGAUUUCCAGGCGAUUGUAUGGUCUGGAUUCAUGGCAUCUGCUUUCUCCCAAAGAAAAAUACCUCUGAAAUAAACAUUCUUCACUCCAGUGUUACAUUUUGGCUUCUGUUGCAUGACGCUGCUCAACCAGAACCAACUAAUCUAACCAUAAUCCGCCCACAAAUGAGUUUAUUUCUGGCUCCUGUUGCCGGAUUGAACAAGUGUUUCACAAACGAACAUCCCAUUUGAAAAACAUCUUGAUGAAUUAUAAUAAAUGAAUAAUUUAUAAAUCAAUUUAAUUUAUUAUAUUUAUUUUGCAUGCAUACAAAUUUGUGAUAUUAGGACGCUGUCGAAUUUAGAUUUUAGCUACAAUUUUUUUUAAAACCUGUCUUGUUUAAGUUGGUCAAAUUAGCAGUGUUUCAUUGUAAUGGUGUAUUGUGGUUUAGCAGCUCUAAACUUACCUUGCAACAGUCUGAUCUGGUGUAACAAGUCUAAAUAAUAUCUUCCUGUAACAUUGCUAUGCAAAGUUUGAUAAAGACUGAUCCAGUCUACCAACUUUUGUAAAAGUCUGAUCUCAUCUAAUAGUUCAAAACAAACUCUGGUGUAACAGUUUAAACAGGUUUAAAUAGGUCUUUUGCAGACUGAUCUGAUGUAACAACUCGAAACCAAACUUGUUACAGUCUGAUCUGAUGUAACAACUCAGAACUAAGCUUGUCACAGUCUAAUCUGCUUUAACAACUCAUAACAAUGCUUGUAACAGUCUGAUCUCAUGUAACAUCUCAAAUCCAAGCUUGUAACAGUCUGAUCUGAUUUAACAACUGAAAGCCAAACUUGUUACAUUCUGAUCUGAUGCAACAACUCAAAACCAAGCUUGUAACAGUCUGAUCUUAUAAAACAUCUCAAAUCCAAGCUUAUAACAGUCUGAUCUGCAGUAGCAAAUCAAAACAGCCGGUAACAGUCUGAUCAGCUCUAACAACUCAAACCAAAGCUUGUAACAGUCUGAUCUUAUGUAACAACUCAAAACCAAGCUUGUAACAGUUUGGCCUUAUGAAACAUCUCAAAACCAAGCUUGUUACAGUCUGAUCUGAUUUAACAACUGAAAACAAAGCAUGUAACGGUCUGAUCUGAUGUAACAACUGAAAACAAAGGUUGCAAAAGUCUGAUCUUAUGUAACAACCCAAAACAAAGCUUGGAUCAUGCAAUAAAUUAAAAUAUUCUCAUAAAGCAUUUUAUGUGCUCCACAUUUCCCAUUAAGUUAUUAUUAAAUUGACUAGGAUUUUUAUAAACCCAUGAAGCUUGUUCAACCUGGCAACAGUAGCUGUGAAGGAAAGCAGCUCAAUUACGCCCCAUUUCACUCAGUGAGGUGAUGAAAAACUUUUCUGUAAGAAUGCAAUCAAGAUGCUAGGAGAACUGCAGCGCGUGAUUGGCAGGUGAGCUGUGAAAUGCUGAGAAGGCCUUGAGGAGUGGAUGAUAAAGGCAGAGUUUAUGAAGAGUUUCUAGUCGUCUUUGUAGUCGAGGUGUGUGCGCGGGGCUGCGUUAGCUGUAAACACCGCUGCUGGGGGUCUGCAUGGUAAUAUCACUUUGUGGGCUGCGGUUGCAGCCUCGGUCUGACUCAUAGCAGCAGAAACGGAAUACUGAAAAGGGAAUUUUUAUUUUCACCCACGUGUUUAUAGGCAGCAGUGCUCUCUGCAGAUGUCAGGGGACGUGUUUGCCUGCAUUUGAAUUGGAAAACAUGCUUUUUACCAGUGAAUCCUCUACUAAUGCUGUUAAGAGUCUGAAUGACUCUAUUAUUAAGACUUAAUUUAAAAUCGUCUGCUAAUUAUUGUUAUUAGUAUUAUUAUUUGCUUGAUUUGAUUGAGUCUCACUGGGGGGAUCAGGGGAUAUUUCUGAAAGCAUCUUUGCUGAAUUUAUUGAUUACAGUACUUUAGUUUUUGUAACAAAUGUCAUAUAAUGUUUAGAACCUCCCUCCUCUACUCCAUGCAUUAGUUACAGCCACUGCUCUAUCUCUCUCUCUCUCUCUCUCUCUCUCUCUCUCUCCCUCUCCCCCCCCCCUUCUCAUUCUCUUUGGCUCUUUCUUUCUUUGUCUCUCUUCAAUCUCUUAUUCUCUCUUUUUGUCUCUCUCCCAUGUCCCUCUGUCAUUCUCUUUGUCCUUCUCUUACUCUUAAUUAUUUCUCUUCAUUUCUUUUCCAACAUUUCCCUCUUUCACUCUCUAGUUUAUCCUCUUUUUCUUUCUCUCUCCCCUUUGUCGUCUUCUAUUUUUGUCUUUCGAUCCACUCUGUCUUCUUACCGUCUCUUUUUAUCUCUCACCCCUCUGCCUCACUGUCAUUCUUUCUUUUUCCCUCUCCCCUCUGUCUUUCUUAUGUUCUCUUCAUCUAUCUCUCACUCUCUGUCUGUCUCUGUCCCCUUUCUCACUCUCUUUCCAUCCAUCCAUCUCUCUUUCUUUUUUCUUGCUCAUUGUCUUUCUCACUUUUUCUUUUUUCACAUUCCGCAAAGGGUUCUUAACUAAAGGUGGUGGAUCUAUAUAGAGUCAUGGCUUUUUGGAUCUCUCUCUUUUUGUCUCUUUCCCUCUUUCCCCAUUGUUUUACACUCGUUUUAUUUAUCACAUCUGUCUAUCUCCCCCUUUCUCUCUCUCCCUCUCUGUUUAUUUUUUUUUUGCUCUUUUAUUCUUUCUCUAUCCUUCUAUUUUUGUCUUUCUCUCCUCUGUCUUUCUUAGUGUCUUUCUUUAUCUCUUGCCACCUCUGCCUUCCUCUGCCAGUCUUUCUUUUUUGUUCCUCUUCCUUCUUUCUGUCAUUCCUUUUGUCUCUCUCUCACUCUGUAAUUCUUUCUUUUUUGUUUCUUUCCAAUCUUUCACUCUCAUUUUCAUUUUUGUCUUUGUCCCCUUUCUCACUCUCUUUCCAUCCAUCCAUCUCUCUUUCUUUUUUCUCUCUCAUUGUCUUUCUCACUUUUUCUUUUGUCACAUUCCACAAAGGGUUCUUAACUAAAGAUGGUGGAUCUAUAUAGAGUCAUGGCAACACAGUCAACCAUGUAAAUGCUUGUAACAGUUUCAAGGGUUCUUUAAAACAUCUUCAAAACCUUUUAAGAUUUUACUGUAUGAAAACUGUGACUCUACAUAACACCAGAAAUGGUUUGACUUAAUGUUACGAAACAGGAAACAGGAGAUUUUUUUUUAAGUAAUUUACAGAACCCUUCUCCUCUCAUUCUCUUUAGCUUCUUUCUCUCUUUGUCUCACUUCCUUUUUCCUUAUUUUUUCUUCCUCUUCUCUCCUUUCCUUCACUGUAGAAUGUGAGCUCUGACUGAGGGCAGGUUGAGUUUAAAGGACGGAGUGAGUGAAUUGAGGGAAAAGAGAGACAGAGACAUGGUUAAGCAGUGCUGAUGACUCUACUGUACACUUUAUCAUAGGACGGCUGUGGGUUUGUUCUACAGUCGUGAAGUUGUUUUUCGUCUUUUUUUUUUUUUUUUUUUUUGGAAUUUUGUUUUUUUCAUGUUUUUGUUUGUGUCUUCUGUAUUCCCUUGUUUUUAGUGCCUUGCUGAAAUAAAGUCUAGAAGCUGUGAACGCUA